UAUAUAUAAUGUUGAUCCCGUGCAAGGCGCGGAUCUUAACCUAGUAUACAUAUAUAUAUAUAUAUUAAUAAUCUCGUCUUAACAACUCUCCAUUAGAAUUUUUUUUAAGUACGUGAAUCUUCAUUAACAAAGUAAUGAUACAAGAGAUACAAUAGGUUAUGUAGAAAUCAAAUCUUAGUGAAUUUAACGAAGCUAAUAAACAUAGCAGAUGUGACUAAGAGAACCACAAAAAAGGUAAAAACAAAACCCUCUUAGAACAAUAAAAUGUUUGAACGGAGAUCAAAGCUUUAGCUAGAUAAAAUAACAGUGCAAGCUAUUAGGUUUCAGUAGACCUCAAAAUAGUAAUGAUGCCCAUGUAUGCAAUAAACAAACAGAGAUCAUUGGAGGUUUCAACCGGAGAACAGUCUUGGAUCCGCGACUGUCCCGAAGGCGACUCGGAACGGGUGAUAGGAAAAGCAAGGGAGACCAAGCCUAGGUCCGGCUAUCCAAACCCGAUGGAGUCCACUCCAAACGUUGUAUCCAGAAGACGAGAAGCCGAGUCCCUGGGAAUUCAAACUGACGAGGAGAAACCGAGAGAAGAAGAGCUGAUGAGGAGCAAACUGAUGGAAGCCGAGGUUAACGGUUGAGCUCCGGUCCCAUCCAGAGAGCAGCGCACAGAGAGGUUGGCUUCAUAGCAUCAGUACGACAAGUAUCGGCGAGAGACUUCCUUCUGAAACAUGAGUCGCAUAGGAGACACAUGCUCUUAUCAGCAGGCGGAGGAGGAUGCACGACCCGGGUAUGGUGUGCCGACGGAAGAGAGAGACGACACGAAACUCUAGACCAUCUUGAACCAUCGAUAAGAUCCCACUCAAAAAUCGCCAUGGAAGCUGCUCGGAUAUCGGAAGAGGUCCCCGACAAGGUCCUCAGACUCGCGAUUUCAUCUCGGAACAAGAGUACAAGAUGGGGGAGCUCUUACUUACGCAACUGAUAGUGGAGGCAAGAGAAACCAGAUGAGGCAGCGAAAGGACCGUUGAGGAAGAUGCAGAGACAAUAUUCGAACCGGGCGAACCUCAGACGUAUAUCUGACCCAGAUCCAAAGAAAUACAAACCCUAGAUCUACCAAACAAACGAUGCCUCCUACAAAAAACCUAACAAGCACAACCUUGCUUUCUCACUCCAGAGACACUGGGGACACACCCAUAUGUCUAUUUGGACACCAGAUCUGGCCUCGCUCUCUCUCCGGUGACACUUAGAUGCACCCAGAUGUCGAUUUGGAUGCCGGAUCCGGCGAGAACCAGAGAAAGAAAACAAAGUGGAAGUGAGAAGCAUGUAGCACUUACGAGAGGAAGAGAAAUUAAAUAAGCGGAGAGACUAGGGUUGGGGGACCAAUGGAAAUAGGUCCAUCGCCGGCCAUCUGAGGGAAGCAUAGGAGAAACGCCGAAGAGAGAAAAAUUGCUUCUCUCACCUCCCUCUCCUCCCCAUUAGAGUUGCUCUAAUUCAUCUACAAAAACGGGUAUGUAACUAGGUACAAACUAAAAUAUAGCAAGACAAAUGUCAGAGACAAAUUGAUUUAACUUGACCAUAUUGUUCCUAAUCAGUGCCGGCCCAUUGAAUGUGAGGCCCAGAAGCUAAAAAAAUUUGAGGGCCGUGGUAUUAUCAACGUUCAAAAGAUUUUGAUGGGAAGGAGGUUCGAAGUCAUCACCUAUAGACUAUACACACCAUAACUACCACUAAGCUACGGACAAUUUAUUAUAAUUCUACGGCCGGUAAAACAUAUAUAUUUUUUUGGGCCGGAAGCUGGAACUUCCUAUGCUUGGUAUCAGGGCCGCUACUGUUCCUAAUACAAAACUGUACACUUGUUCAAAGUCCUGAAAGACUCAUAAGCAACGCAGGAACAAAAUAAAUAUCAUUUGAUUUGGUCAGAAUAUUACCAAAUCUCAAAAUGCAUAAAAUGGCGACAAAAAGAAAGAACAAGGACCAAAAAAAAGUACACGUGGCAUCCACAGACGUCCUUUCUUCAGUUUCAACAAAAAGCCCAUGAUGGCCCCACAAGGUCCCGCGUAAAUCUCGGUCUAAAUCUGAAGAGACGCAUCAAAGAUCCGUAGGAACCGAUUCGUUAAUUAGCGAACGUAUAAAUACAGACAAAACCGUAGUGCACUCUCUUUACUUCCUUUCGUGAGUUAACCUAAAAACGAAAAAAAUAGAAAAUAAAAAAUAAAAAAUAAAAAAGAUAUAUAUCGCAGAAAUUUGGAAACACACAAAAUCUCUCGCUGUCUUGCACACACACGCGAAAAAACCCUAAAUAUCAGCGGUAUGGCGGCGGCAUCUGGAACUGCCCCCACGACGGCGAUGGUCGAUCAAGCCCCUAAUCAACCAGCGGUCCCUACUGUGACUCAGGUAGCCGCCGCGGCGGCACCAGCUGUGGAAGCGUUGCAAACGCACCCUAACUCGUCUCUCUACGUUGGAGAUUUGGACAAAAGUGUCAACGAGGCGCAUCUCUUGGAUCUCUUCAACCAAGUGGCUCCUGUCCAAACAGUUAGGGUUUGUCGCGACUUGACUCAUCGCUCUCUCGGAUACGCUUACGUCAACUUCGCUAACCCUAAUGAUGCGAUGCGAGCGAUGGAUACUCUCAACUACACACCGAUCAAAGACAGACCCAUAAGGAUCAUGCGUUCGAACCGUGACCCGAGCACGAGACUUAGCGGGAAAGGCAAUGUUUUCAUCAAAAACCUAGACGUAUCUAUCGAUAACAAAGAUCUCUACGAUACGUUCUCGACCUUCGGGACCAUUCUCUCUUGCAAGGUGGAGAUGACCUUGUCGGGAAGGUCUAGAGGGUACGGAUUUGUUCAGUUUGAAAAAGAGGAAACCGCUCAGGCUGCUAUAGAGAAGCUUAACGGAAUGCUUCUUAAUGAUAAGAAAGUCUUUGUUGGACUUUUUGUCCGACGUCAGGACCGUACUCGGUCCGAGAAUCGUGCGCUCCCACGUUUCACUAAUGUGUACGUGAAGAAUCUUCCUAAAGAGAUUGAUGAUGGUGAGCUUAAGAAGACGUUUGGGAAGUAUGGAGAUAUAUCGAGUGCGGUUGUGAUGAAAGAUGAGAGUGGGAGCUCGAAGUGUUUUGGGUUUGUGAAUUACGAGAAAUCUGAGGACGCUGCGGUUGCGGUUGAGAAGAUGAAUGGUAUUAGUCUUGGGGAGAAUGUGUUGUUCGUUGGGAAGGCGCAGAAGAAGUCUGAGAGGGAAGAGGAGUUGAAGAGAAAGCAUGAGCAAGAGAAGUUGCAAGGAUCAAAUCUGUAUGUGAAGAAUCUUGAUGAUAGUGUGGAUGAUGAGAAGCUUAAGGAGAUGUUCUCUGAGUAUGGGAACGUGACAUCGAGCAAGGUUAUGAUAAACUCAGGAGGUUUGAGUAGAGGGUUUGGUUUUGUUGCGUAUUCUAUUCCUGAAGAAGCUUCAAAAGCUAUGAAUGAAAUGAAUGGGAAGAUGAUAGGAAUGAAACCCCUUUACGUUGCUUUGGCUCAACGCAAGGAAGAGAGAAGGAACCACCUUCAGACCAAGUUCUCUAAUAUGAGAACGAAUGGGACAAUGACUCCAAUUCCAAUGCCUGGGUUCCAUCAUCACCCAGCAGGAGGGGCAAUGGCAGGACCACCACAUCAUCAAAUGUACAGAGGCCAGAACGGUCAAGGUCUGAUGCCGUCACAGCCUAUGGGAUAUGGCUACCAACUUCAGUUCAUGCCUCGUCCGAGGUCUGGCCCGGCUAACUUUGUGAUGCCUUACCCUCUUCAUAGGCAAAACCAGCAUGGUCCGCGGGUUGGGUUUAGGCGUGGCACUACUAACAUGCAGCAGCAGCAGCACUUCCAGCAACAACAGCAAAACACAAGCUCGGGAAUGAGAUACUUGGGAGGUGCAGGCAACAUGAGAGGUAUGGAAGUAGCUGUUCCACAAGGCAUGAUCUCUUUGCCUUUAGGUGCAUCUGCAAUCUCCCAAAAUGCUUCUCAAGCCCUACAGGAGCCAUCACCACUUCCCAUUUCUAAGCUCACUUCUGCCUUGGCUCUGGCUAGCCCCGCCAAGCACCCACAGAUGCUUGGGGAGCAGCUCUUCCCACUUGUGGAGAAGCAGGAGCCAGUGCAUACUGCCAAAGUUACAGGGAUGUUGCUGGAGAUGGACCAAGCAGAGAUCUUACACCUUCUCGAGGCACCUGAAGCUCUCAAGACCAAAGUGUCUGAGGCUUUGAUUGCUCUCAGACUCUCUGCUAAUCCACCAGCUGUGUCUUCUGCAUGAUGACCAGUUUGCUCCCUCUUAAAAAACUCUUAGGAACUCUCAGCUUAAACUAGUUAUCUUGUUUUUUUUUUUUAUGUUUGCAAGGUUGGUUUGUUUUGAGUUUUACUCAUAACUUUCUUUGUCAUUUGAGAUUUUAACUCUUAGCACUUUAUGUAGACUUUUUUUGGGCUACCUAAUGAUAGAACUCUAUUGCACUA